UAGCAUCUACAGUCCUUCGCUUUCCGUAAAAGGGAGGAUUGUUUUUCUCUCUAAUCUACACUGAGGUUGUUCCUUAAAGCUAUGCGGAACUGGGCAGCAGUCUGAGACCAAACUAGGUUGUUAGUUCCUCCUUCCUGGUUCCCCUUGGAGAUGGGUGCCUGAAACUUAUACACACUGCUUCUGAAAGCACAGUUCCUUGUUCACUGAGAACUUUACUAAGCAAAUGGUCUUUUUGAGAAGUGGGAUAGGAAUGAAACUUGAAGAUCAAACAACCCACAUGAACAUUUCCUAAAUUUCUGAGAGCUGAAACUUGCUCCUUUUCCUGAAUUAAAACUAGAAGCUCAAAAAGCACAGGAGUAAAAACUGCAAUCUCUAAGUUUAUGCACAAGUGACUAUUUUGAGCAUGUUACCAGACUGGAAGGAAGUCAGCUCAGAGCUGUGAUGUGCAGAGCACCCACCUCUGAAGAUUCUGCCAUGCUGCUUAAAGGUCUUUGUUGGAUAUUAUGAGCUGCAUCGAUUGAAGGAAGAGCUGGAGAAAUUAUCUUGGAGCUCCAAGUUCAGAGAAGAUUCCAGUUUAAGCUACCAUCCAUGACCUCAUGGAAAGCAAAAUGGCUGCUGAGCUGCUUGUCCAAGGUCUCAGCUUCCAAGCAAAGUUAGACCACAAUGUUGAAAAAGAACAAGUUCAAGCAAGCUUCCACUGUGGAAAGGUGGAAAAGGCAGUACUCCUCGAUGAACUCUUGGGGUUGAGGCUACCACAAGCUGUGAAGAAGGAACAGACUAAAAGGAUAACAUUUCAGAAUUUGGCAGCCCAGCAGCCAAAAGAGUUACAAACCCCCAUUACUCCAGCUUGGAACAACUUGCAGCCACCUCUGUUAACUCAACAGGAUGAUAUUGAGGCUUACCUGGGCACCUUUGAGCAGGUGGCUGAAGCCUGUCACUGGCCUCAAGAAGAGUGGGUGACCCGACUCGCACCAGCCCUCAGUGGGAGCAUCCGACAGAUCUCCUGCGAUGUAAAGGACUAUGAAACACUGAAAGAGGCCAUCUUGAAAACACAUGGCGUUACUCCAGAGAUGUGGCGUCAACGCUUUAGGCAGUUCUGCUAUCCGGAAGGUAAGGAUCUGUUGGAGAUUUAUGGUCAACUCCAGGAACUUUGCUACUGGUGGCUGAGGCCAGAGAUACAUACAAAAGAGGAGAUCCUGGAACUUUUGAUUCUGGAACAGUUUCUGGCCAUCUUGCCAAAUGAAACCCAGAACUGGCUCAGGAGUCAAGGGCCUGAAACUUGUAUCCAAGCGGCAGUCCUGUUGGAGAGUUUCCUGCUGCAUGAAAAAGCCCGAAGUUGGGAAAAACAAGAGUUGGCCCCAAAUGCAUGUGAGAAAGAGCCAGGUGCCUCAGGACCCGGGCAGAACACUGCUUGCCAGGAAGGUGGAGAAGAGAGCGAGGCUGAUAGCAGCUGGCAAGAUGUUGGAAUGAUCCCUAGAGAAAAAGGGCCGCAGUCUGCCUUGAAGGAUGAGGCAGAGGAACUACAAAAGUCCUUGCCAGCAAUACAUGCGGGUGACUUUGUGCAGAAUCAUGACCAGGGGAGAGUGUGGGCUAGCCAGGUUCGAACUGCAAAUGAUCUCGUCGGACUUCCAUCAACAAUGGACAUUUCUGCUCCUUAUCAUGAUACAAGGCACCAGAAGAUUCAGGGCACUGGUGUGGACACAGGAGGAAAAUCAAAUAUAGCUAGACAGUAUGGCAACAGUUUUGGCAGGCAUACAGAGCUUCUUAGAGAUAAGAGAAUACAUUUGGGAGAGAAACCAUAUCAGUGCCCUAAAUGCAGGAGUAGAUUCAGCGAAAGUACAGCCCUUCACCGGCAUCUCAAAAGCCACUCUGCUGAGAAACGAUACCAGUGUACUGAGUGCGAGAUGCGCUUCCGGCAGAGCUCAGACCUCAUCAAACAUCAGAGAAUCCACACAGGGGAGAAACCUUACCAGUGUCAGGAAUGCGGAAAGAGGUUCAGCCUGUGCUCAGCUCUGUAUAGACACUGCCGGGGACACUCUGGGGUGAAACCAUUUCAGUGCAAAGAGUGUGGGAAAAGCUUCACACGGAACUCUAGUCUAUCACAGCACCAUCGACUUCACAAGCAGUAGACUCUAGAGUGUGGCCUGGAGCCAAAGAUAAGCAGUUCAGGAAUUACAUGUCCUUCAAGGGUUGUGUGUAUUCAUAAUUUCAUGGUGCAGCCACCACUAAGUGCAAAGUUCAGCAAUAUGAGAAUCAGGUUUAAAUUUCAGUUUUAAAAAGUGAAGUUUCUAGCCCUGAAGUCUGUGAAAUUAUGUCUGAAAAGUAUGCAGGCAGUGCUUAAUGAAAAGGGGUCUUCCUGGCUCUUCAUAAUUAGUGUGAGCAGAAAUUAAGCACAAUUACCGUCAAAUGCACAGCAUUUAUUUAUUGAUGAGGUUAAUUUCCUCUUACAUACAAAGUAGUUUACCAGCACAUAAAAAUAUUGCGAAAUAAUUAGUAAUAUCAAUCAAGAGCAACCAUGGAUUAAAACGGUUUUCAAAACACAGAGGAAGAAAAGAUAGCACUAUUUAAAAAUAAUAAUUGAUAUUGACCACCAAGAGAAACAACAUUUGGGAGCCAUUUCCCCUGCCCCUGCGGGAUCCUUAGAGCUACCCCCAAUUGCUUUUUUAAAAUCACCAAUCAAACGUUAUUAUAACAAACUAUACAUCAAGUUAUCUGAAUCCACAGAUUUCAUUUUUAAAAAGGAAGUCUCUAGUCCCUUUUCUUGCAGAAAGACACAUUUCCCCUUAUACAGUGGUGGGAUUCAAAUAAUUUAACAACUAAUUGUUUACAAGCACCAUUUUAAUAACCGGUUCUGCCAAAGUGGUGCGAACCGGCUGAAUCCCACCACUGUCCUUCUAUCUCCACAAGCGGAUAGAGACAUUCAUUGUUUAAAUGAAAGCUGGGAAUUCAGAUAACCUGUUGGCACAGAUUGAACAAACAAACACUGAAAGCCCCAGUGGCAGCGCAUGGGACAGAAAGAAUGCAGCUGGGAAACCUGCCACAUAGAAGCUUGUCACUGCUAUAUUUUGUAUUGGAGCCACAGCAGUGAUGGAGAAACCACACAAGCCUGUCCCUUAUCACAGUCAAGAGGCACCUUCAACCCCACCUGCAUUUGAUCAGCUUUUGCAUUUUUUUACUGUGUUUAUAGCAUGCAAAUCAAGCACCAAAUAAUUAAUUGUUGAUUCCUGUUCUGUAGGAUCCUGAGUAAAUGUUGUGUUGAUGUGA